AAAGCCCCUAUGGCUUUUCUCCUUUGUUCAGGUAAUUUGGUAAGUGAAAUUGAUUGCAUUUUGAAUGUCCAGCUAUCUCUGAAUUCUUGUGAUAAGCUCUGGUUGGUUACAUCUUAAUUUUGUGUGUAUGCUAGAUUCAGUUUGCUGGAGUUUUGUUUUGUUCAUGAGCAAUAUUGAUCUACAGAUAGAGUUUUCUUAUAUUUUCUUUGUCUAGUUUUGUUAUCAUGGUACCGGUUCUAUCUUCUUUCAAGGUUCUUGUACAGUCUUGUGCUGCAGACCAACAGCAUGGUUUGCUGAAUUUGCCAUGAGCUUCGGUGCCUCGCACCGUGGAGCUUGUCUUUGUUGCAUGCUUCAGUUCCGCCAGCUGGAAUCAUUUGUUAUUCAGCAGGGUAGCAUUUCUUAAACAGAGACCUCCUUUAUCCUUCCAGUCGGGACCAAGAGAGGGCUUCAUCUUUAAUCCCCCAAAUGUGUGAACACAUACCCAGCCAUCAUCAUAGCUUGCUAGGGGACGCACUCACUCAUGAUGUGACCUACACCAAGGGGCCCCCUCCCCCAGGCACACAGUGCUUGCAUGAACAGUUAUGGAGUUCCUUUUUCAUGAUUUUUUAGUCAUCACUGCACUGUCUCCUCUAUACUCUGUGUUUAGCAGGUGUUUACUAAAUGAAUAAAUAUAAUAACGGGUCUCAAUAAUUAGGAUUAUUGAGUUCCUGAAGUGUAUGCACAUGAGAGAUUGAUGUGGAAAUUAUGUGUGUGUUAAUCUAAUGGGACCACCUUUUUACAAAAUAGGAGCAAGCAUUUAGCAUGGCAUUUAAGAUGAUCACAUUGAAGUAUCUGGGUUUGAAUCCCAGCUCUGGCUCCCAGCUCCAGGUCACUGCUAAUGCAGACCCUGGGAAGCAGCAUGUGGUGGCUCAAGUAGUUGGGUCCCUGCGACCCAUGUGGGAGACCUGGGCUGAAUUCCCAGCUCCUGACCUUGGCUGGCCCAGCACUGGCUAUUGCAAACAUUCGGGGAGUGAACCUGCAGAAGGGAACUCUGUCUUUUAGUCCUGUUUCUCUGCUUCUCGUAAAAAUAAACAAACAGAAACCCGAGAUCUUUGUUCAUAUUCAUACUUUAACAUUUUCACAUUUGGGCUGGGUUUUUAUUUUCUGAGGGAUUUUUGAGGAAUCCGGUUCUAAUAUUUUAAAUACAAGCUGCAAGACUGCUCACUAUGAUGGACUCUGGGUAAGGAGAAGCUGCUAAGCAUCUCAGUAAUAAAAAAAUACUCAAGUACUUAAAAAGCUACACUUUUUACUUGCCUUCUUCCACCCUCACCAGUCUCCAUUUCCUUUUUCUCCAAGUGUGUUAAUCUGGCAACCAACUGCUCAGUUAUCUGCUCAGUGCCUUUUGUCCAAGGAGGUUACUGUACUUCUACCUCAUUAUUUUAUUUAUUCUCAGGAUGAACUCAAGAGAGGCAGCAGUCACUGAGAAGCUGCAUGUCCACAUCCUUGGGCCUUGUUGUGUCCAGAAUUAAGAAUUUGGGAAUUUUAGAGAGAAGAUGUAAUGUUACAAAAGAAGCUGCGGAGCUGGCCUUGGACGAUGCCGAAGCUGCCGAGGUGCCAGCAGUGUCGCGGGUGAUACGAUACGAGUAUCACGUCUUAUAUUCCUGUAGCUUCCAAGUGCCUGUGCUGUACUUCAGGGCGAGCUUUUUAGACGGGCGGCCUUUGACCCUGGAGGACAUCUGGGAGGGAGUCCACGAGUGCUACAGGACGCGGCUGCUGCAGGGGCCGUGGGACACCAUCACCCAGCAGAUCCAUCUGCUGAAACCUAGGAAUCCCCAAGGAGAUAGUUUUUGAAGUCGGGACCUCUAGGAGGUGGUCAGGUCACAAGGGCAGAGCCACGGUGAUGAGAUUAGUGGCCUCAUAAAGAAACCCAGUGAGCUGCCUUGUCCCUGGCUGCUGGCGAGGGCAGCGGGAAGACGGCAUCCAUGAACCAGGAAGCCAGCCCUCACCAACUUCGCCAGCUUCCGGAAUUGGGAGAAACUGCUUCCUUUCCAAGUCACCCAGUCCUUGGUAUUCUGGCUGGAGCAGCCUGACUGGACUAAGACGUCUAUCUAUGCAUGGCAGGCUCUGCAGGAGGACCUCUGCGUCUCGAGAUUCAGGGUUUCCUGUGGCUUGGUGGCUUCCACGGUUUUGCUUUUCUCUGCAAAUUCACGGCCCUUGUCUCUUCACUACCUCUGCUGCUUUCUCUCUGGCCUCCCUUCCUGUGACCCACACUAGAAGUCUUUAGACUUUUUCGCCGGUUCUCGCAAGUCUGUUAGGUUCUUCCUUGUCACCUGCAUUUUUGUCUCUCUGAACUUGUACUUUCUUCUGGAUAUUUUUUUCCUGACUAUUCUUCCAGUUUCAUCUCUGUUAACCUGCUACGGAACCCUUUUGUGGAAUUCUGGGUUUGAGAUAGACUAUUUUGAAGCCCUUUUUUCUUGUAUGCAGUUCUGAUUUAGUUCUCUUUGCAAGUUGGAUCGUGGGUACCACAUCGCUGAGAUAAGAGGAGUGAGUUCCUAGUGUCACACAGCACAGUGAGGUGACGGAGCUCACAAUGACCUGCUACAUAUUGUCUGAGAAAAUGCAAGGGAAGAGUCUGAAGGCUCCAGUCGUCAACUAAUGAGGAGGAGAUGGGAGCAUUAGUUACGCUGAUUUCAUCAAGAUACGUUGUAUGCGCUUAUUGAAAUGUCAUGCUAUGCCCCAUAAAUAUGUACAAUGAUUAUUAAUAAAUUAUUUAAUAUUUAAAGAGAUGGAAGUGUUAACUGAUUGGAUCUACACACACUGAAUUUAUGUAUACUCCAUAAAUUAUGUAUCAUUAAAAUGAUUUAAAAAUUUUUAUUAAUUAUUUUAUUUAUUUGAAAGAGUUACAGAGAGAGAGGAGAGAAAGAGAGGGAAGAGAGAUCUUCCAUCCACUGGUUCACUCCCCAAUAUGGCCUCAAUGGCCAGAGCUGGGUGGGUGUGAAGCCAGGAGCCAGGAGCUUCUUCUGGGUCUCCCACGCAGGUGAAGGGAUGCAAGGACUUGGGGCAUCCUUUGCUGCUUUCCUAGGCACGUUAGCAGGAAGCUGGAUUGGAAGCAGGGCAGCUGGGACUUGAACCGGCACCU